UGGAGGCGAAGACAGUGUAGCAUCUGCACAUGCUCCACAUCGGCUUCCUCGCCGCCAUCCUCCUUGACCAGUUUACGAGUCUGGGUAAAACCGGCUGCCAAGCGGCGCGGGCCUCAGAGUGGGCCGGCCGCCGCUGCCGGAUGGAGAUCGGCGGCGGCGAGGACGGCUUUGCGGAGGGCGCGCUCCGGGCGACAGAGGCAGGAGAGGGCGUCGAACUCAGCGCCGCCUCCGACGCGAUGAGCUCGCUCGACGCCUUGCAAGCGAGGCUCGACGGGAAGCUGAAAGCGCUGGGUGCUUCAGACGUGGCGCCGCCGCCGGCGGCGACGUCACGCUCGUCCUUCAGCAAGGAGUCGUCGGCGGAGACGCGCCGGCUUGCGGACGCAAAGCUCGAGGCGAUGCGGCGCAAGAAGAGCGGGGCGGCGGAGGUGGAGCACGCGGCGGAGAUAGCGACCGCAGUGCGAGACGCGAGGCGGUGGCUCGACGCGGGGCUGCCUCGGCGGGCGGAGAAGGAGCUGGCGGCGGUCUCCGGCUACGUCUCCCUCUCCUCCGAGUCGGGGGGCGAGUUCCACCUCUUCCUUGCAGACGUGCUUGAGGCGGACGCGAAUCGCGGCGCCGAGGCACGCCGGCUGCUGCAGCGGCUCGCAGGCGAGUCGACCUCGUCGAGCGUGCGGUGGAAGGCGGAGCGGAGGCUGUCGGGCAGCGCCUCGCCCGGCGGCGGCAGCGCGGCGGGCCCCUCCUCCUCGGAGCUAGGCUCGCUGUUUGGACAACAGUUUGGGCUAGGCGACGGACGACAGUGGUAACAGACGC